AUGCAGGAUGCAUUGGGGAGAAUAAACAGAGAGAUUGUAGAGGAUGAGGAAGAAACAGUUUCCCAGCAUGCCCUGGCUGCGGUUGUGGAGGUGUAUGAGGGGGAAAUAUCUGUCCUGUUGCCUUGCAAGUACUCAGGUUUUAUACCUGAGGACAAUCCCACAGUGCUGUGGACUCGCAAUGAUCUCAACCCCAAAUCUGUCCACCUACGACGAGAGGAAACAGAUGAUCUUAAAGGGCAAAACCAGCGUUACAGCGGGCGCACAUCAAUGAGGCCUGAUGCUCUGGACACUUUAGACUUCAGCCUCACUCUGAGAAAGCUCGAAAUGACUGAUAGCGGCAACUACACCUGCUCCAUCGGAAAUGAAAGAGAGGAACGGAAACUGACAGACAUACAGCUGCAUGUCAAAGACCAACAGGUGGAGGUGAAGGUCACUGAAGGAUCAGAGUCUGUCAUCCUGCCAUGCAAAACAAUACCUGACCUGCCUGAGGACACCACAGUGGAGUGGAUGAGGUUUGAACGAGAAAUCAUGAUGGUCCAUGGGUGA